CUCGCGGGCUUUGUUUUGUUAUGGCGGUUCGUUUCGAAACAGGGACGCGAGUUUACCCGUCAUCAUCUGAGCGCUUUAAACACCCAGGAGCCACCGGCACAACACAAGGAACAUGACCUCUCCAGCUGGACCGCAGUCUCACUUCUUGUUGCGCUGGAUGACCAGCAGCUCUCGAGCUGGAGUGUUUCUGAAUGGCUCUCCAGGAGACAUGGGCUCUGUCAGGAGCAGCUGUAGCUCUCAGGGAAUGGACGUGUCCUUAGAGGAUUCGUUCAGCACCCAAUUCGCUCCUUUACCCAUAUCCCGCAGCAGUAGCUGCACGGAUGUGGACUCCCUCUGUCCUUCACAGUCCAGCAGGGCCAAGGUCUCCACAUCCCCCAGCGGUGAAGUGGACAUGGGUCACCCUGCUGCAGGAAAACCCCAGGCGCUCAUCGACAGGCUUCAAGAACUGAAGCAGCUGCAGCAGUGCAUGCAAGAGCAACUAAAAGCCCACCAACAGGAGCAGCUACAGAAACUGCAGAACGAACAGUCAAGGCUUCUGGGGAUGAUGCAGACGGCCUCAGUGUAUGAAAAUAUAAAACAGCCGUGCCUCAAAAGUACUGAGCAGCCAGGAUCGAUGUCUUCGCACACAAGACCCAGAGAUUCACCAGUUCAGCAUGUACACCAGCAGCCCAAAGAAGUAGAAAGGACACUGGAGCCAAGCGUGCGGAAUCAAGAGCCAAGUUCUGGACAUCACAGUGAUGAUGAAGAUUACGAUCAUGAAGAAAAAUCACUGCAUUGUGAAGACAACAGCACAUGCCAAAAAGACAGUGAAACAGAGCCACAUGACAGGCCGAUCAGAUCAGGUGGCAGCGGGAAGACAUUUGAAGAGAUAUUAGAAGAGCAGCUCAAGCUGGAAGAUGAGAAGCUAAGCAAGAUUUCUGGUGCUCCGACUGAUGCAGCUAAGGCGAAGAGGCCGUUUUUAAGGCGAGGGGAAGGCUUGUCCAGAUUCACUAGAGGCAAAACUACUAGAUCUGUCAGAGACAGGGCAACUAGUUCAGGCACUAAACCCACACCAGGUAUCAAUCUGUCAGCCUCUCGGACAGUCAGAUCCAACCAGAGCUCCGAAACAAAACGGACUUCUCCAAAAUCUAUAAGCACAACAAACGUCGUAACUCAGCGUAAGACUGCUGUACUGAACAAAAAUAACUUUCCACAGAAGACAGUACCAGUAAGCAAGGCUUUUGCAAAAGGUCAUGGAGCCCUUCAGAAUGUCAGAGUAGAAGGGCAGAAUGAGAGCUCUGGACCUGUCCAACACCAAAAUAAGAGUAAUAAUAAGCCUGAAGGUCAGAAGGUUCUCUCAGAUUUCAUGGUUGGUAUCAGUAAAGGGCCAUCAAGACAGGUUCACAGAAUGGAUGAGCAUAGUGCUCGAAUUGCAGAGAAUUCAUUUGAGGUAUGGCUGAAAGAGCGAGGUGAACACUGGGAAAAAGCUCAGCAUCAUGAAUGUGUGGAGCUUGGUGAGUUUGAGCUGCUAGAGAGAGCAGCUGAUGAGUUCUCCUUUUCCAGUAAUUCAUCUUUCGUCAACAAUCUUUUGCGAAGGGAUGGUAGACGUCUUUCCUCCACCCCUGUCAAAUCGCCACCAAAAUCCUCACUUCCUGACUGUCGUCCUGAUGACGGUACUGACCUCAACAAGGUUCACAGUCCACGAGUAACACCUGUAGUAAGUGUGGCAGUGAUUGAAGAAGCAAACACACAGUCAGAUGAAGUGAUGUCCGAAAGUUCUGAAGAUGAACGAAUGGAAGAGUCUGAUUCCUCACUGUGUAGCAACACCAUUUUUCAUCAGCCUGCUAUACUGCCAGAACCUUUUAGCCUUCAACUUACAGCACCACCCUAUGAUAAGCGAUCUUAUCAAGACAGAGACAGUACAGAAAGUCCAGAAGCAGAAGAGGAGAGCUACAGAGACUCUACUCUUGUGGACACCAGAGGUCAGGUGGAGUUUGAUGAUGAUGACACAUGGAACGAGCCUGAGAAUUCCAUGAGCAGUCCUGCAAAGACAGACGAUCAGCCAGAUAGGGUACUGAAGAGGAAGAUUGCUAUUUCAAAAGGAGCAGAGCUUGAUCAUUGUUCUAACAGCCCAUUAGACCAUGAGCCUGGGCCACCACCAACAUGCCAGUUGGUAGCGAGGCUGUUUCCAGCUCUGAAGCCAAAACCAUGUCCUCCUCCACCAGAAGUGCUAGAUUUAGAUGGCCAUAGUGAACAAGGAGCAGCCAGAUCAACUUUACUCCGUGAGCGUUUGGUGGAACUGGAGACUGAGAUUGAGCGCUUCAAGAAAGAAAAUGCAGCACUGAGCCGACUCAGGCAGGAAAACCAGGAGAUUCAAGAGAAUCUGCGGAAGGAGAAAGCAGAGUUUCAGCAGAAUAUGGCAGAAGAACUUGCCAAAUGGGAGGCAUUUAAGUGUGAGGAAAGCCGGAAGCUCCAACGUGAGAAAAAGUUGUUUGAGAAACAUGCAGCAGCUGCUAGAGCAAGACCUGACAAACAGGAACGAGAUGAGAUACAGUCUCUAAAACAGCAGCUAAACACUCUGCAGGAGGAUUUAAGAAAACGAGAGGCCCGUUGGACCAGCACUCACAAUCGUCUCAGGCAGCAGAUAGACACCCUCAGUGCAGAGAACACUACUCUACGAGACCAGGUCCGGACACUGGAAAAACUUCGCCUGAGUACCUGGAAAAAUGCUGAGUCUGACCGGGAAAAAGAGAGAGGGAGGUCCAGUAUUUCCAGCAACAGCAGUAACAUCAGGACAACAAAAUCCAAGAGUCCCUCUUCCAGUGUUAAAAGCAGCCCACCUGAGAACUGCAAGAAGAUGGAAAGUCUAGUGGUUCAGAAUCCUUCUAAAAUUCCAGCCAAGUCCUCAGGGCCCAUAAGCUCUACAGACUGGCAAAAGGAGCCUUGUCCAGUGGCUGCUCCACUCCACAUUUUAGAUCAUUUAAUAGUGUCUGAGGUAAAUAGCCAUCAUCCCCAGCUAGCCAAAAACUCCACCCACUCUGUCAUGGAAGUGGAUAACCUCAGGGACAUCACAGAGAACUCUGAACUUGAACAGGAAGAGAUCAUGCAUAUGGAUGGCAAGAUUGAAAAAAUGUGUCCUGAUGGAGGACGACUCACAGUUUUCCCCAACGGCACAAGAAAACAAGUGUCUGCUGACGGACUGACGGUCACAAUCACUUUUUUCAAUGGCGACAUAAAGCAGAUAAUGCCAGAUCAACGAGUGAUAUAUUAUUAUGCAGAAGCUCAAACCACACAUACCACCUACCCCGAUGGUCUGGAAGUGCUCCAGUUCCCAAACAACCAGAUAGAAAAACACUUUACAGAUGGUCAUAAGGAGAUCGUGUUUCCUGACCAGACUGUUAAAAACCUUUAUCCUGAUGGAAGAGAGGAGAGCGUGCUCUUAGAUGGCACAAUAAUACAGCAAAACCCAGAUGGCACUAAGCAGAUCCAGUUCAACACAGGUCAGCGAGAGCUUCAUACUGCAGAAUUUAAGAGACGAGAAUAUCCUGAUGGAACAGUUAAAACUGUUUACUCAGACGGACGACAGGAGACUCGCUACCCCAACGGCCGCGUGAGGCUCAAAAACCCUGAAGGACAUGUAAUCAUGGACACCUGAGAGAACUCGAAACAUUCUUACUUGAAUGCUUGAAACAUUGAAGUUUUGUUUGCAGGAAAAGAAAUGCUGCAUUUUUGUCAAAGUGGGAAAAAAACAAAUGUUUUGUGUUUUAUAGAUUGACAAAUAAUUUAUUUGUAGUGUACAUUUUUGUAAAAUAAAUAUUAUAAUUCACUGAUUUAAUUGAAGCUUCUGAAAUUUUAACUUACCUUUUCUGAAACAAGCAUAAGGACGUGCAAGCAGGAAUAAAGUAAAUUUUAAGUCAGAAAAUAAGACCUUAAAAUCCUUAGAGGAUACGAAAUUUAAUUGCAGGUACAUUACAGUAAAAUCUGUUUUUAUUUACAAAGCCCUGCAACACACUCCAAAAUAAGCACUAUAUGCAAAUAAUGUAAAACUACACAUAUUGAAAAUACAGAAAGAACUGACUGACUAUAUACUUAUUUUUCAUUUAUCUAAAUUACUCGAAUCUUUCGAUUCCUUUCAUUAAAACCCGUAAAUUAUGAUGAGAAUAUGAAUGUAAUUUUUAACAUGAAGUUAUGCAAAACAGGCAUAACAUUAUGAGCACAGACAUGAAGUGAAUAACACUGAUGAUCUCAUCAUGGCAGCUGUUAGUGGGUGGGAUAUAUUAGGCAGCAAGUGAACAUUUUGUCCUCAAAGUUGAUGUUAGAAGCAGGAAAAAUGGACAAGUGUAAGGAUUAGAGUGAGUUUGACAAAGGGCCAAAUUGUGAUGGCUAGAUGACUGGAUCAGAGCAUCUCCAAAACUGCAGCUCUUGUGGGGUGUUCCCGGUCUGCAGUGGUCAGUAUCUAUCAAAAGUGGUCCAAGGAAGGAACAGUGGUGAACUUGGUGACAGGGUCAUGGGUGGCCAAGGCUCAUUGAUGCACGUGGGGAGUGAAGGCUGGCCCGUGUGAUCCGAUCCAACAGACGAGCUACUGUUGCUCAAAUUAAUGCUGGUUCUAAUAGAAAGGUGUCAGAAUACCCAGUGCAUGAUGGGUCAGGACUGUUUUGGCAGCGAAAGGGAGACCAACAGAAUAUUAGGCAGGUGGUCAUAAUGUUAUGCCUGGUUAGUGUACAUACACACACAACUUUUCCAAAAUGCCCCUUAGUAUUUGUAAACCAAAAUACUACAAAGAUACUAGUAAUCUGACACUUUUAGAUUAUAACUUAAAAUCUGACUGAAUAAUCUUUUUUAUUAAUCAGAUAUCUAAAAUGUAAUCCACUAACUAUUAAGAGGUUUCUCUAAGAAAUCCAAAUAUGAAUAUAAGACAGAAAUUACGUUAAAACGCCAAAGUAACCUGUUAAGCCCUGGUUAGAUUUUUUUCUGGGCUUAUUAAAACAAAAGCUAAUGUAAAAUCUGUGAUAAAUAUUGAUGUCUGCAACAUAUAUUAAAUACAUUUCUAUGCUUAAGGAGCUCCUAACUGGCAGCAAAGUUCAAGAGGCCGUCUCUGAGGCGAGGAAAAGCAAUGUCACAUUCACUUGAAGUCACUACAUCGUGCACUAAUGUCUGUAAAGUAGAAUUGUACAGUUUUUUGUUUGUUAUUUUUCAAUAACCUUAAAUGGUACAGUGUUUCUCUAGCAGACAGUUAACUUCCGUCAAAAUGUUCUUCUAUACUUUAUAG